UCGGAAUCCUCGGUAAAGUCUUCUGUAGGAUCUCCUCAGCAGUGUCUUGAUAUGACCUGAAGGUGGCGGUCAGCUUGGUCGUAUGCUCGCAGCAUCGGCGUCCUUGCUCAACAUCAAGACGGUAAUAUUGGAUAUAGGCAAUAAUGGUCCGGCGAAACAAGUUAUUAGUCCAAUCUCUCCGGACCUCAAUCACAUCGAUGGCUCGUUCACCGACCCUGAGCGCAUCGCAGAACUCGCAGCCAAGGUGGACGUGCUCACCGUCGAGAUUGAGCAUGUCGACGCGGACGCUUUGUCGAAUCACGCUAGAGGUCGCGAAAUCCACCCCAGUCCAG